CCAUCCCACAGCAUCCCCCUCUGGGGUGGGGUCCUCAUCACCAUCAUGGACACCCUCUUCUUCCUCUUCCUCGACAAGUACGGGCUCCGCAAACUGGAGGCUUUCUUCGGCCUCCUCAUCACCAUCAUGGCCCUGACCUUCGGCUACGAGUACGUGGUGGUGAGGCCAGGGCAGGUGGAGGUGCUGAAGGGCAUUUUCCUGCCCUACUGCCCGGGCUGCGGGCGAGAGGAGCUGCUCCAGGCCGUCGGCAUCGUCGGCGCCAUCAUUAUGCCCCAUAACAUCUUCCUCCACUCCUCCUUGGUCAAGACACGGGCGAUCGACCGGACCAAGAAGGAGGCGAUGCGGGAGGCCAACAUGUAUUUCCUGACUGAGUCCUGCCUGGCUCUCUUCGUCUCCUUCCUCAUCAACCUCUUCGUCAUGGCUGUCUUUGGCGAGGCUUUCUACCACCAGCGAAACGAGGACGUGCACAACAAGUGCGUCAACAGCAGCGUCAGCCACUACGCCGGCAUCUUCCCUGCCAACAACGAGACGGUCUCUGUGGAUAUCUACCAGGGGGGCGUCAUCCUGGGCUGCUAUUUCGGGGCGGUGGCACUCUACAUCUGGGCCAUCGGGAUCCUGGCAGCGGGACAGAGCUCCACAAUGACCGGGACCUAUGCAGGACAGUUCGUCAUGGAGGGUUUCCUGCAGCUCCGUUGGUCCCGCUUUGCCCGGGUGCUCUUCACCCGCUCCUUCGCCAUCCUGCCCACCGUCUUUGUGGCCGCCUUCAAGGACGUCAGCCACCUCACGGGCAUGAACGACCUGCUCAACGUCCUGCAGAGCAUCCUG